ACCACCAAUCGGAUUAGUCAAUUAUUCACCAAAGCACUCACGCAAACCAAGCUCACUAAGUCUGAAUAGGAACAUGAAGAAUCUAUCGUUAAAUUUACACAGUUCAAAUUCUUCAGCAUCAUCGUCCUCGUCAUUCAUGUCUUCUCCAUCGAUUACCAAACACGGUCCGAUAAUAACAGCGGGCCCUCUUACAAAACUAUCCUUGUCCAUCCCAGAUUAUCCACGACCCGAUGGAACAAGUGCAGUCACGUUGAGACCAUUCCAUGACGAUAUGACCACCCCAUUAGUUACCCAGACUCCAACUAUGCCUCCCGCAUUGAAUCCCCAAGUACAUACAAACACACCAGCCGAGUAUAGAUUCCCACCUUCUUCACCUCCACAACUUGAUCAAAGAAGACAUAGUGGGCCCAAUAAACGACACAGCAACCGCUCCCUGUCUCAAUCACUAGAUAUGAACGUGUUUAUGGCCAACCGCAAUGACAGUUUUGACCAUUCCACCGUCCAACCACCACCAGCACCACCUUUUGCUCCAGGAAUGAAAGGAUCUCCAUUAUCUACACCACCACGUUUAACAAGCCCCUUAAAACUACAUGGAAUUUCUCCAGAAACACCAAGAAGUUUAACUGAUGCAUUGGCCCGCGUAUCCAUGACCACAAAUGAAGAUUAUAACGAUUCCAUGCUUUCCAAUACUCCACAAAGUCUAUUCACCACAUAUAAAGAAAUGAUCCCUGAGGAAUUACAAGAAUCAAAUCUGUUGGAUGCAUACCCCAAUGGCCCUCGAAGUGUUCUCAACAACCGCAUAUUUUUGUAUUCUGAUCCGCUAACGAGUAAGAAACAGAUUGACAUAAACGAAUACAACCUCGUGAUAAAUGUUGCGAAAGAAUGUAAGGAUAUGAGUGCAAAUUAUCUAAAUCCAAUUCCUGGAAAACGAGAGUAUUUGUACUUGCCAUGGUUACAUACCUCACAAAUUCUGAAGGACCUUGCGCCUAUCAUGACCAAAAUAGAUGCCUUUUAUAACAUGGGAUACAAGAUCUUGAUCCAUUGUCAGUGUGGAGUGAGUCGUUCAGCAUGUGUUGUAGUUGCCUACUACAUGAUGAAGUUCACACUCGGUGUCAAUGAUGCCUAUGAGUUAUUAAAGAAUGGAACAAACGGCAACCGCGAAGUGUGUAUGCUGGUGAGGAAUGGUGGAAAUAUCAUCGAUGGAAGUGAUCGAAUAUGUCCUAAUAUGAGCUUGAUUUUCGAGUUAAUGGAGUUUGGCGAUUCACUAUGUCAUAAGGAAGUGACCACUAGUGCAUUGUUGUUUGACUCACCAUCAACAAUGCAGAUAUAGAAAAACAUAUAGUGUAAUUGUAUUAGUAAUGAUCGAUGCAUAACUAGAGAAGAUAUGAAAGUU